GCCUAGCGCGGUCGUAGGAAGUUUGACUCCUCUCCCUUGCCGUAGCGAUCGCUCCGGGCCUCUCUCCCGCCUUUCCACUUGUUCUCCUCCCCGGGCGGGAACCACGAACCGCCGCUGGAGAACGGAGGCGGCCCCCUCGGCCCAGAAGCAUGGAAUCCUUUUAAAAUUCAUUUCUGAAGAAUCAUACAGUACAGGAUACAAUGGACUCCACUUAACAGGAGCAAUAGCCUGCUUAAACCACAAGUGUAUCUCCUGGGAUGCCUGAAAGUCAAGGGAAAGACAGCGAAAGCCACAUCAGCAGCAGUAGUUCCAGCACUAGCAAUUCAGUUGCUUGCUUCGGACAGUAUCAAUACACAGCAAGUGAAUAUCAAGCUAUCCAGCAUGCUCUUCGUCAGAGACUGGGUCCAGAAUAUAUCAGCAGUCGGCAAGCUGGAGGAGGACAAAAGGUCUGUUACAUUGAGGGUCACAAGGUAAUCAGCCUGGCCAAUGAGAUGUUUGGCUUCAAUGGCUGGGCUCAUUCAGUCACUCAGCAGAAUGUUGACUUUGUUGACCUCAACAAUGGCAGGUUCUAUGUGGGGGUGUGUGCAUUUGUGAAAGUUCAGCUUAAGGAUGGGUCAUACCAUGAAGAUGUGGGAUAUGGAGUCAGUGAAGGCCUAAAGUCUAAGGCCUUGUCCCUAGAAAAGGCAAGAAAGGAGGCAGUAACAGAUGGAUUGAAGAGGGCACUCAAGUGCUUUGGGAAUGCUCUUGGGAACUGCAUCCUAGACAAAGACUACCUACGAGCCGUGAAUAAGCUUCCACGUCAGAUGCCCCCUGAGUUAGAUUUGGUCAAAGCUAAAAGAGAGGACUAUGAGCCUGAAAUAGAGAAAGCAAGAUACAGUAGCUGCUUGGAAAGGCAGAAUGCAGGAGAGAGACAACAUUGUGAGAUGGCAUCUACUUGUGAGCCUGGUCGGACAGAGGCUGCUCUAGUGACAGGAGAUCAGAAACAGCCAAAUAGUUCCAGGGGCAGAAAUACGGACUCCUUAGCUAUUGAGUGUGAUGCCACUUACCAGCGGAAAUUGCGACAAAAGCAGCUACAGCAACAGUUCCGGGAACAGAUGGAGAAAAAGCAUCAGGUUCCAGUAGUUGCUCCUAGCAGCAAACAGGCAACAUCUGAUCCUCCUGUAAAGCACAGCACUCCAGCAGCAGUACAACAGGAGCUAGCAAUAGAAGAGGAGUUCUUCGCAGAUGAUCCUGAACUUUGGGACAUUUCCUUGGAGACCACUGAUCUGAAUAUAACGGGUCACAAAAUGGCAGACCCAUCAGCUGGACACCGGACACCAGAAACACCCCGUGGACGUCAUCAAAUGACUACUCGUAACAGGACGCCUCACAGAAUGCCUUACCACAAAGCUUCUGCUAGACUUGCACAACUGCAGCCAUCUGCUAUAAUCAUGAGCAACAGCAGCUGCGCCAACCAGCGCACCCCAGAGUGCAGCCCCCACAGAAGUCAAAGCUUGAAGAAGAGGAGGCUAGAACCUACAUAGGCCACCUGCUGUAUCAGCACCUCCGUACUGGAUUACAUCAGUAGACUGCAGUCGGCUGCUCAAAUUAUGUGAGGAAAUCUAAUGCAUUAAUGGAUUUUCCUGUAUAUUAUGGUGAAGCAACACAGAAGAGUUUAAUACAGCCAGCAAGAACUUAAUGUACUUUUAGGUUAUUGCGUGUUUCAGAUGCCUUUUUCUAUAAACAAGCAAUCAUUUGUGCUUCUGCCGCACCUAGACUUGUGGCUGGAUCACAAGCUGACGUUAAACAUAAUUUGCCUGAAAUGGUAACAGAAUUAAUCUUUAAAGUGAGACUCAAUUCAUAGCUUCUUUCUCCUUCAGCGCUGCAUUUCAGCAUAGAGAAAAGAGAUUUUCAGUAAAACAGGGCAAGGGUGGGUUAUGGCCAGAUGGCAAAGCUGCGGUCUCCCAUUCGGUGAGGCCAAGGGUGCGAAGCUGGAGCAGCGUCUGCCUCUGAUGCGCAGCACGACCAGGGUGGGAGCCCAGUGCUCCUCCACACCUUGUCCCCCAGCUGCACGCGAGUCACCCAGCUGUGCCCGCGCAACAGGGCAGUGCAGGGGCAGGAGCACACCGAGACUGCUGCCAGGGAGUUGCGCAUAGCAUCUCGAGCAGCAUUUGUUCGGACCCUUUGUAAAAUGAAUAGGUGCUGCACUUUUGUUUUUAAAUAAGCUUUCAACCCUUUUCAAUAUGAAAAUAAACACAAAAUUUGAAAAACAAACUCCUCUUGUAGCUGUUCCUGCCUCUAUACCCUUCAAACCAUUACAACUCCUUUCCUGUUUAGCAAGCUCAAAGAAGUUAACACAUUCUGACAAGUUACAAGUAAGAAGCUAGAGAGACCACCACCGUGUUGGUACAGCCUCGCAUUUGCUUUAAGAUAGGCAACAGAAGACUUCAAGUGGGUUUUAAGGGUUCGAGCAAAACAACUGCUGUUCCUUCCAGUAAGUCAAAGGAAGAAUUUUUAACAGUAUUUCAAAGUGGAUACAGCAGCAUUUUUCAGGAGUGCAGUGCUGGAGACAAGGGGGGUGAUACCAUGUGACUGAAGGUAGAGCUGGACCAGGAAAGUUUACACAAACUCUGUGAUUAGUGCAACCCUGAAGUGCAACCCUGAAAUCAACGUCAGCCUUGAGGCAGGACCUUGUUCUUGUGCUGUGCCAUCACUGCUCUGUCUGCUCAACUCUCUCAAAGCAGCCUAAAUGUAAACACAUUUGGCAUAUUAAACAUUUAUUUCUGUUCCUCCUGCUUCGCCUUCACUGCUUAAUUGGUCCUUUUUCCUUAAAAGAUCCUCUUUUACCCCCUCAGCAGGACAAAGAACAAGGAUUGACUUCAGGAUGGAAAGAUAGGACAAAUUACAAUUAACUGUAAUAGAUUACAUGUAGAAAAUAGUUUCACAUUUCACCAUACCACUUUCUCUCCAAUUCAGUGCUGCCUUCAGAACAGCUCAGGGGAGAAAUACAUACCACAUGUUUGAGUCAUGCACUCGCCGUUGAAAUCAGAUACCUGUUGGGAAGGGAAUGUGCAGACAUUCACAAUUCGCGUAUUCGAAGCUGCUCCAAACUUCUACAAGGAAAAAAUUAGAAGUCUCAUAUAAACACAACUGCAUCAGCUUUCUUGACUCUACAGAAGCAGUGCAAACAUGGCCAUGCCUCCUCUAAGAGUCACCGCAGUAAGCCUCUCAGGAAAAGGGCAGUAAAACUUCUACUUGGAGCUUUUUUUUUUUUCCUUUAAGGCCUUGAGCAGCAUGACUCAUAACAAGCUGUUCUUAAAAUGGAAAGAAAUGCAGCAGCAAUUAGUGUUUAGAAAUACCAAAUAAUUCCUGCAAGUCCACAGCUGUUUGAGAGCGACCCUGUAAAGCAGUUCCACUCUUGACCAGUACCGUCGCCAGUUUGGGGAUGGAAUUCCAUUACACAUCCACACGAUGAAGUUUCUCCUCCCCAGCAGGGCAGGUGCAGGCCGCUGCUCCCCUCCACCCCAGAGAGGAGGGAGCAGACCUCAUAGCUGCCCCUCUGCCCGGGACGGGGCUUCCCCAGCCCUCGCAGCACACCCGGCUCCAGCAUCGCACCACACUGGGCAAGCUCCAGCCGUGCUUCCAUCAGGGAGAGCCGCCAAGUUCUUGCCUGGCACAGCUGAGCACCUUCCUCUGCUAUUCGGUAACUUCUCGACUACCUCAGCCACAAAAGCCCUCGUACCGCUCCUGCCAUGUCCUUCACCCCCUCACCCUCCCUUCCCCUUAGGCCCCUCAGAAGAUCCCUGCUAUGGAUUAUCUCUUAGAGUACCUUGGUGUAGGCCAAAGGCUCAUUACCGAUCACUGCUUUUGAGAAGUUAAGGGUCUCAUUAAAAUGGGUUUCUUGUACCGGGUAACAGUUAAAUCACUUCAGGAACAGGACUGAGAGGUUGGAACCUGCUGUUCGACAAGAAAACCCACAGCUCAACAAAAGCAGGUUUGGUUUAUUUGAAUGACUUCAUGAAAUAUUCUACAAAGGUAACAAAUGGCAGCACAAAGCGCAAUCGUACAAGAAGCGCAGUGCCUGGGUUUAGUGCAAAACAUACAACUAACUACGGCCAGGGAAGCCCAAAGUUUCAAUUCAUAUUUUUUUAUUUUUUUAUUAUUUUUUUUACAGUGUACAUUGUUAAAUAAUGUAAAGAAAACGCUUGUAAUUCAGAAACAGAUUUUAUGUGGAAAAAGAUACUCAAAGUGUAAUAUUAAACAAAAUAAUUUAACAGUUCAGUAGCAUUAGUUUAUUCCUCUAGACUUCAGUUAUUCAUCCACAGGAGGGGGGGGGGCAAUCAAUGGUAAAUAAAACCAGUU